GGGAGGGGAGGAGGGCGAUGGCGGCCAUUUUGAGCCGGGCCCGUCGGUGGCGCCUCGAUGGCCGGUCGGCGGCGGCGUUGAGCGGCGGGGCCAUGGACGUGCGGCGGCUGCGGGUCAACGAGCUGAAGGAGGAGCUGGGCCGCCGCGGCUUGGACACCCGCGGCCUUAAGGCCGAGCUGGCCGAGCGGCUGCAGGCGGCGCUGGAGGCGGAGGAGGCCCGGCGGGGGCCUGGGGCGACCGGCGGGGACCCGGCCCCUGACGGACACUAUGGCAUCGACAACAACAGCCACACGAGUGAUUCCCAGGGCUACCAGCCGUACGACCACGGCGGCCUCAAGCCAGACGCCGAGCCCAGCUACGAGAGGAGAGCGUUGGACCAAGAACACCCCGUCCUGCACCAAGAGAUGAAGCUGCCAGAAACGAAGCCCGAAGACCCCCCUGCUCCUGCCUACAACGUGCCCCCUCCGAACUACAGCGCUCCCGCUCCCCCCUACAACAUCCCUCCGCCCCCCACCUACAACGCACCCCCCGCCGGUUACGGCGCGCCGCCGACCGGCUACACCGCCCCGGCCUACAGCGCGCCGCCGGCCGGCUACAGCGCCCCGGCCCCAGGUUACAGCGCUCCCCCCGCCGCCUACAGCACCCCCCCUGCCUACAGCACGCCUCCGCCCGCCUACAGCACCCCUCCACCCACCUACAGCACCCCCCCUGCCUACAGCGCUCCCCCCGCCGCCUACAGCGCCCCCGUCCCCCCCACCUACAACGCUCCCCCGGGCGGCUACAGCGCGCCGGACCCCUCUCAGUCCCGGCCGCCGCCGCCGCAGCCCCGCAAGCGACCCUACGAGGAACAACGGGGUCGGGGUUACUACGAGCACCGCGAGGACAAGAGGGGCCGCUCGCCGCAGCCGCCCGCCGAGGACGAGGAGGAGGAUUUUGACGACACUCUGGUGGCCAUCGACACUUACAACUGCGACCUGCACUUCAAAGUCGCCCGGGACCGGUACAGCGGUUACCCCCUCACCAUCGAGGGCUUCGCCUACCUCUGGUCGGGCGCCCGUGCCACCUACGGCGCGCGGCAGGGCCGCGUCUGCUACGAGAUGAAGGUGAACGAGGAGAUCUCCGUCAAGCACCUGCCUUCCACCGAGCCGGAUCCCCACGUGGUGCGGGUGGGCUGGUCGCUGGAUUCCUGCAGCACCCAGCUGGGCGAGGAACCCUUCUCCUACGGCUACGGCGGCACCGGCAAGAAGUCGACCAACUGCAAAUUCGAAAACUACGGGGAAACCUUUGCCGAAAACGACGUCAUCGCCUGCUUGGUGGAUUUCGAGUGCGGGGAGGAGGUGGAGAUGUCCUUCAUGAAGAAUGGCAAAUGGCUGGGGGUGGCUUACCGGGUGCGGAAGGAGCUGCUGGGCGGCCAGGCCCUCUUCCCCCACGUCCUGGUGAAAAACUGCGCCAUCGAGUUCAACUUCGGACAGAGAGAAGACACUUAUUUCUCCGUCCCGCCCGGUUUCACCUUCAUCCAACACCUGCCCGUGGCCGAACGCGUCCGCGGCACCCUCGGCCCCAAGAGCAAAGCCGAGUGCGAGAUCCUGAUGAUGGUGGGCUUGCCGGCUGCGGGGAAGACGACGUGGGCCGUCAAGCACGCGGCCGCCAACCCCACCAAGAAGUACAACAUCCUCGGAACCAACGCCAUCAUGGAUAAAAUGAGGGUGAUGGGUCUCCGGCGCCAACGCAACUACGCGGGACGCUGGGACGUCCUCAUCCAACAAGCGACGCAGUGCCUCAACCGCCUCAUCCAGAUCGCCGCCCGCAAGAAACGCAACUACAUCCUUGACCAGACCAACGUCUACGGCUCGGCCCAACGCCGAAAAAUGCGUCCUUUCGAGGGUUUCCAGCGUAAAGCCAUCGUCAUCUGUCCCACCGACCAGGACCUGAGGGACCGCACCGUCAAGCGAACCGACGAGGAAGGCAAAGACGUGCCGGAUCACGCCGUGCUGGAGAUGAAAGCCAAUUUCACGCUGCCGGAGGCGGGCGAGUUCCUGGACGCGGUGUUGUACGUGGAGCUACAGCGGGAAGAGGCGGAGGCGUUGGUCCGGCAGUACAACGAGGAAGGCAGGAACGCCGGACCACCCCCCGAAAAACGUUUCGACGGCGGUAGCGGGCGCCCCCCUUCUUUCCGCGGUCGCGGCGGCGGUUUCCAACGCUUCGACGGGCGCGGGGGAAACACCACGUCGACUGCGAGGGGCGGCUUCCAGAACCGCGGCGGCUUCCGCAGCGGCUGCGGCAACGGUGGUACCGGUACAGGAUUCAACCGCGGCGGUUACACCCCGAACCGUUGGGGUAACAACAACCGGGGGGACGGUGGCGGCGGCACUGCCACCGCCGCCGCCUCCUCCUCCUCCAACAACCGCGGCGGUUACAACCGUAACGCCCAACCCGCCGGCGGUUACAGCCCGGCCCGCGGCACCACCAGCUACAAGGCGAGCGGUGGUACCCCUCCGGCCGGCGCGGCCCCCCCCAGCUACGGCCAAGGGCAGCAGGGCGGCUACGGCCAGGGUGGCUACAACCCCCCCGGUUACGGCUACGGCAGCUACGGCGGCUACGGGCAGAGCUAUCCCCAGCCCCCCCCCCCCACCGGGCAGAGCUACGGGCAGGGCUACGGGCAGUACCAGCAGUACGCCCAGCAGUGGAGCCAGUACUACCAGCACCAGGGCCCCUGGCCCCCCUACUACAGCACCUACGACUACAGCGGCUAUGGCAGCUCCCAGGGGGGGGCCAGUGCCCAGUGACCCCCCCCGCCCCCUCCCCCCCUCUGUGUGUGUGUGUGUGUCCCCCUCCCCCCCAAAACGUUGCAUUUUUGGGUUGGUUUUUUUUUUGUUCUUUUUCUCUCCGUCUGUUAAAAACAAACAAAAAGAUUAUUUUUAACCUCAAAA